GCCUCAAAACCGAUUCACGUCGCUGUCAUUCACAGUCCAACAAGGUGACAGAAGAAAAACUCUUCUACAGAAUCGCACUUCGGAAUAGCCUAAAAUAAGACUGAGCUUUUAUGCACUGGAAAGUUACUAUUCUUCAACUUUAAUCGUUGGACAUGCCACCUCAAAUGGAUUAUUAUUGUGAAGAAUCCCGCGUCCCCUCUUCAUGCGGAUUGAUGAGCCAAGAGGCCGGGUUGGAGAGGGAGCCAGCGCCCGGGUUGGAGAGGGAGACAGCGGCUAUCAGCUGUAUGCUGGUGGGGGACGGGGCGGUGGGCAAGACAAGCAUGAUAGUCAGUUACACCAGCAAUGGAUAUCCCACGGAAUACAAACAGACCGGCUUUGAUGUCUUUUCUGGUCAGGUCCAAGUAGAAGGAGCCCCAGUCAGAAUACAACUACUGGACACAGCUGGACAGGAGGUGUUUGAUGAUUUCCGCUCCCUCUCCUACUCCCAGACGGAUGUCUUCCUGCUCUGCUUCAGUGUGGUCAACCCCACCUCCUUCCACAAUGUCACCAACAAGUGGAUCCCAGAGAUCCGAGCCUGCAACCCCUCAGCUCCCAUCAUCCUUGUGGGCACCCAGUCCGACCUCCUGCUGGACGUCAACGUUCUGAUCAACCUGGCCCGCCGCGGGGUCAAACCAGUGCUGACCCCUCGGGCGCGGAGCAUGGCGGUGAAGAUCAGAGCGGCGGACUAUGUGGAAUGUUCUUCAUUGACGCAGAAGAACUUAAAAGAGGCGUUCGACGCGGCCAUCUUUUCUGCCAUCAAACACAAGGUCAGAAAGGAGAAGAAGAGGCAGCUGUCGGACAGACGCAGCAAGGCCUUCUCUAAAUGCAGCUGGAAGAAAUUAUUCUGUUUUAUCUGAGAUGAGAUCCCAUGGGCCCUGGACAGAAUAAUGACUAUUAUUAUUUAUUAACUUAUGAAGACUUACUAAGAACUUGUAGCUUUGGAAUCAUCCCAAAAUUGGUAAAUGAACUGAGUUCUAUUGGAGUCCUGGACUGGAGACAGUGGAAUAGUGUACUUCAGUAGCCCUUUUAGGUAACCAAGUAAGAACGGGUACUGAAGCAUAAUAAAGACAAGAGAAUAUCAAAUCAAACCAAGGACAUUGAGUACAUCUUGUCAGUGGGACAAGGCUGUCAUGUAAAUGUUGUAAAAUUUACUGCACUGCCUCUGUGUGAUAGUCAGAGAGUCAGUGGGUUGUGAGAGAGAAGGAUAUUUUUCGGUAAUCAGGGGUUGGUUGUUAGCCUUUUCUCAUUUGCAUUCUUUGCUGCCCAGCCACACAGACCCAGGCCUAUUCAUAUUCAACAGUGUAUGUAGGCUGAAGUCACAGGGCUAGGCUAGGUCCUACCUUCUUACCUGUGUGUGAACUGGGAAUGGCUUCCACAGGCCAUUGUGUUGAUUAGGGCGGCACGUAGCCUAGCGGUUAGGGCAUUGGGCCAGCAACAAGGUAGAAAAAAUCGCAAGGCACUUUUUAGUUAUUUUAUUUUAUUUCAUCUUUAUUUAACCAGGUAGGCUAGUUGAGAACAAGUUCUCAUUUACAACUGCGACCUGGCUAAGAUAAAGCAAAGCAGUGUGACACAAACAACAACACAGAGUUACACAUUGAAUAACAAGCGUACAGUCAAUAAAACAAUAGAAAAAAAAAGGAAGUCUAUAUACAGUGCGUGCAAAUGACGUGAGGAGGUAAGGCAAUAAACAGGCCAUAAUUGCUCCAGGCUCACGACCCCACUCUCCGAGGGUGUCUCAGGGAGAGUUGGGAUGUGCCAAAAACACACAUAGGACUAAUAGGAAAUAGGACAAAUAUAAGCACCCACCAAAUGAAUUAGUUAAAUUAUUAAGCUUUGAUGCAAUCAACUGUCAGUAUCAACACCUCUGACCUCCAUCCUCUCACCUACCAACCAAUGUAAUGUUAUCAACUGAUAGUCGUCGCAUGUCAGACAAGUGACGGAAGGUUGGUCCAUUCAUUCUUUAACUAUGAUAAAUCUUGAGGCAACUUCGGGAAAAUAUGAUCAAUUACAAUGUAAUGACUGUAUACAGUAUAGGCUAUAAUCCCCCAGCCUGAGGCUUCAAAUAAAAUCUUAUGGUCACAUACACAUGUUUAGCAGAUGUUAUUGCUGGUGUAGCGAAAUCCAUUUGACUUGUUUUUUAUAACACAUAAAAAACUAAAUACUGCAAAGUUGCUUAGGGGCUAAAAGCGAGGCUGCCCGAUCUUUCGGCGCCAUCUUUUCUUGCAGCCUUAAGGCCUCUGCAGCAUGUUCAGUUGGGUUUGCAGCCUUAAGGCCUCUGCAGCAUGUUCAGUUGGGUUUGCAGCCUUAAGGCCUCUGCAGAAUGUUCAGUUGGGUUUGCAGCCUUAAGGCCUCUGCAGCAUGUUCAGUUGGGUUUGCAGCCUUAAGGCCUCUGCAGAAUGUUCAGUUGGGUUUGCAGCCUUAAGGCCUCUGCAGCAUGUUCAGUUGGGUUUGCAGCCUUAAGGCCUCUGCAGCAUGUUCAGUUGGGUUUGCAGCCUUAAGGCCUCUGCAGAAUGUUCAGUUGGGUUUGCAGCCUUAAGGCCUCUGCAGAAUGUUCAGUUGGGUUUGCAGCCUUAAGGCCUCUGCAGAAUGUUCAGUUGGGUUUGCAGCCUUAAGGACUCUGCAGAAUGUUCAGUUGGGUUUGCAGCCUUAAGGCCUCUGCAGCAUGUUCAGUUGGGUUUGCAGCCUAAAGGCCUCUGCAGCAUGUUCAGUUGGGUUUGCAGCCUUAAGGCCUCUGCAGCAUGUUCAGUUGGGUUUGCAGCCUAAAGGCCUCUGCAGCAUGUUCAGUUGGGUUUGCAGCCUUAAGGCCUCUGCAGCAUGUUCAGUUGGGUUUGCAGCCUUAAGGCCUCUGCAGAAUGUUCAGUUGGGUUUGCAGCCUUAAGGCCUCUGCAGAAUGUUCAGUUGGGUUUGCAGCCUUAAGGCCUCUGCAGAAUGUUCAGUUGGGUUUGCAGCCUUAAGGCCUCUGCAGAAUGUUCUGUUGGGUUUGCAGCCUAGCAGAACUCCACUAGGAGAAGUGAAUGUCUGUGCCUCGCAUACUCCCUUAAAAUACCUUUUCUUGAAAAGCCGCAAUAGUACUCUUUGUCCCUCUUGAGAUUCCGUAGCCAGUAUACACUUCCUCAAAAUAAUCAGAAUUAAUCGAAAAUAAUUCAAGAAAUCUGUAAUAAAUUGACUGGGGUUUUUUUUCAGAGGGGGUCUUAGUCACGCAAUUUUGCAUGUAACUAAGAUGUUUGGUUCAGUAUUUCUCUAGGAAGUGAAUGUGAAAAUGAGUCGUCUCAUUGAAUGACAACCAUCACUACGUUGAAGAAUCCCUACUGUUGACCGAUCACCGACAAAAAGGCGUAGACUUCGGCCACCGAACUUCAGCUUGCCUCAAGAAAAAUGUUGUGUGCACGAACAGAUGAAAAAAACAUUGCCAAAGACCAAAACGAACCAAAACGUGACAAAAAAAUGGCAUCAUAAUAUAGUAUACGCAGAAACUGUUUUGGAUGGGAAGCAUGCGGAUGCCUUUAGGGUGGCUAUGUAAACAGCCUCUUAACCAGAUCUCCAUCCUCCCCCAUCUUAAUCAGUGUAAAGCCAACAGGCGGGGUAGGGAAACUAGAGAGUAAUCCAACCUUACCCUGGCCCAGCAGAAAGCCCCGGCCCACUGUCUCUGUUUUAGUCUUGGUUUGUUUACAUCGGUAGUGAGUAGAGACUAAACCCCAGGCAAUAGAAACCCCAAGACCGCCCAGCUCAGUUAACCUCCAGUGAAUGAAACACCCCUCCUGUCUCUGUCUGAUUGUAGUCCCCACUCUCUAUCUCCAGCAGAUUCAACCCUACUGCUCUAUAGAAUACACUGUGUACAUUAUAGUAGGCUAAAUAGCUCCUGCUUGAAUGUUAACACUCACUUUAAAUAGCCUGGUUGCCCAUCUAGGUCUGUGGUUUAUUGGUCAGGGAUGUUAUUGCCAGACCAAUGGUGACGGUCAGUCCUAGCUUGUUUAUAGAGAUGAGGGUUGGCAUCCAGGCUAUAUGCUGGUUAUGCUUCUCGUGGAAGAGCUAAUGUGAAUUUGAUAUAUAUUUCUGUUUGUUUUAAACAGUUCAUUGAAAGUCUUUUUGUCUGCAAUGUUACAGAUGACAUGGAAUUUUUACCAUAAUGCUUUUAAAAGCUGUGAACAGUUUACUUUUGGGGAAUCGUAUAUUUCUGUCACUAAUCUUUUAAACCAAACCCUCUGUCAAUACUUUGCUUUUUCAUACUGUGUUUGAAUGAAGCAAUGGAAAUAAAUAAUUAAACAAA